UCUGUGGCGAGGUGAGUGGUUGUUUCUUGAGAACAGAGCGGACUAACCUUUAGAUUGUUUUUAAUUAUUGCAGUUAUAAUAACAUUCAUUUUAAGACAUUUUUCGUUUGGUUUUAGAGCAGAAGUAUGUUUUUACAGUGAUAAAUAUUUGACAUUGGUUUGAUAAAUGAUCGGGAUGUUGCCUAGUGGUAGUCGUGGUGGUAGUAGUGGUAGUGAAAACACAAAUGCUGUACCUUCUUCUACUAUUAUGAACACAAAAGAAAAAGAAAAGUAUAUAGAAGAUUUCGAGUUUCCUUUCUGCGAUGAAGCGUCGAAAUAUGAAAAAAUUGCUAAAAUUGGACAAGGAACUUUUGGAGAAGUGUUUAAAGCACGGGAAAAGAAAAACAAUAAAAAAACUGUUGCCAUGAAGAAGGUGUUGAUGGACAAUGAAAAAGAAGGUUUUCCAAUUACUGCUCUGAGAGAAAUCAGGAUAUUACAGUUAUUGAAACAUGAGAACGUAGUGAAUUUGAUUGAAAUUUGUAGAACCAAAGCUACCCAGUUCAACAGAUAUAGAUCGACAUUUUAUCUUGUUUUUGAUUUCUGUGAACAUGACUUGGCAGGACUACUGUCAAACGUUAAUGUUAAAUUCAGUUUGGGUGAGAUCAAAAAAGUUAUGCAGCAACUUCUCAACGGACUCUAUUAUAUUCACAGCAAUAAAAUUCUGCACCGUGACAUGAAAGCUGCAAAUGUGCUAAUUACAAAAACUGGAAUACUGAAACUUGCUGAUUUUGGACUGGCUAGGGCUUUUAGUGCAACAAAAAAUGGACAAGCCAACAGGUACACAAAUCGUGUGGUGACACUAUGGUACCGUCCACCAGAGCUGCUGUUAGGAGACCGCAACUAUGGUCCACCAGUAGACUUGUGGGGUGCUGGCUGCAUCAUGGCUGAGAUGUGGACACGCAGCCCCAUCAUGCAGGGUAACACUGAGCAGCAACAACUCACACUAAUAUCGCAGCUGUGUGGCUCCAUCACGCCUGACAUCUGGCCUGGCGUAGAGGCCCUGGAUCUAUUCAACAAGAUGGAAUUGCCCAGAGGGCAGAAGAGAAAAGUCAAAGAGCGACUGAAACCUUACGUGAAAGACCCAUUUGCAUGUGACCUAUUAGACAAAUUACUUGUGUUGGACCCGGGAAAGCGAGCAGACUCAGAUUCUGCUUUGAAUCAUGACUUCUUUUGGACGGACCCUAUGCCAUGUGACCUGAGCAAGAUGUUGGCACAGCAUACGCAGAGCAUGUUCGAAUAUCUUGCACCACCUCGCCGACCCGGUCACAUGCGACCACACCACCACCAGACGGGUGCAGUCCCAUCCUCCACUGUCACCAAACCUGUCUCCUCCAUGGAUAGCGGUUACCAGGAUCGAGUCUUUUAACUACCUCCUAUCUUACAUUCGUUUCGUUUUAGAAAUCAUUGAUAGAUUUUAAAUUUCAUUUUGUAAAUAGUCUUUUGUUAGAACUUUUUGUACUUACUAUUGACUCUUCCCGAGACUAAAUCGUUAGAAGAUUAUAGUGUGUGCUUUGAUUAUUUUUUAAUUCCAAAUGCAUUUUUACUACAUCAGAUUCAGUUUUCAGUUCAGUACACCAUCAAAAAACAGUGAAUUUUAUUCAGGUUUUUUUCUCUCCAAGAAAGUGAUAAGGUGCUAAAUACCAGUAUAUUACAAAUACUUCUGUUGUUUUAUAUUGCUUAAAAUAGAUUAAAGAUGUUUUGUUUUAACGUGUUAAAAUUCAAUCUAAUUUGUUAAAUCUAUUUGUAAAUAGCUUAGUAUUAAUUACUUCUUGUGUAGAUUAGAAAUAUAAAAUGCAAAAGAUGCAUUUAAGUUAUAAUUAAUUAGCACAUACGCAAUAUUAGUAUAAUGUGCUUAAAAGAUAUCAACUUUUAUAAUUAAUUUUUUAUUUUUUAUAAAUUUUUGGAAGUGAAUUAUUUGAAAUAAAAAUAGAUUUGAAAGAAAGCUCUUUCAUAAAUUGAA